AAUUCACUAUUAACGUCACAACAGUUUAUCAAAAACUUGUUGCACAAUUGAAAGAUUUGAAUCUUUUAGGGGUGUAUAUUCGUUAUAAUGGUUGAAAAAUAAUAAUUGUCAUACUUAUCAACUAGAUGUUUAUUAAUUAUAAAUACUGAAAUCUUUUUGACAACAUUAAAAAAAUGAAACCAGACUAUGCAGAAAUGAUUGCAGCUAUUGCUUUUGGCGUAUUAUCAGCAAUUUUCGUCAGCGCUUUUGUUAUUUUAAUAGUAAUAUGUAAGAGGCAGAAAUUGUUUUAUAAAUCAGUGUUUUUCGAGGAUAUUAUCAACAGACCAGAAAAACAUUUAAUCGAUGCAGAGCCGUCCGAAUUGGAAUUGGGCGAGGUUAGUGCAAAUUUCGAAGACAUUAUAACUGACGAACAAUGGAUAGAUGAUGCAACCGGACUGAUACCUCAUUGCCUCGCAAUUUUAAAAACUUGCCGAUACCUCACUGAAAGGCUCACAGCUUUAGCUAUGAGCUCAACACCUCUCUCUGGAAAUUUCAAACAAAUUGUAGAGUGUGCAAAGCGAAUAUCAAGUAGAGUCGACGAUAUGGUGAGAAGCAUGUACCCGCCGUUAGAUCCUCGUCUAUUGGAAGCCCGUGCAGCUGCUUUAACUUUGGCUGUCACCCAUUUAGCUCUUUUGGCCAAAUAUGAGUGCGGUUCAAAAGAACGUGGCUUAGUAUGGAUAGAUCAGUCUCUACAAGACAUGGAUUCUCAUUUAUUGUUUCUGAGAGAAGCUUCUGUUCAACAAGAAAUGAUAAAUAAAAUCUCGAAUGCUUUAAAUCUUAGUACUCCUUUGUAAGUGUAAAUAAAAUUAAUGGGUAAAUAAUAACCAAUACAAAAAAAAUAAAAUUUCAUUCGUU